AUGAAGUUCUUCACAACCGCCCUGACCGCUGCCCUCGUCGCUACUGGCGCCUCUGCCCAGCAGGCCGUCGUCAAGAACAACUGCCAGACCACUGUCUACGUACAAUCUUUCCCGUACGACGGCAGCGCCGCUGGCCCAUUGACCACCCUCGCACCGGGAAAGUCCUUCACUGAGGACUUGCGCCAGUCCGGCUCGACCGUCAAGGUUGCGAAGACCAAGACCUUGAGCACCCCGCUGUUCUUCGGUUACUCGUUCAGCUCCAACCCGGACUAUGCCUACUAUGAGCUGAGCACACAAUGGGGCAACCCGUUUGCUGACAAGCACAACGUCCUGACCCCUGGAGACGGCUGCGAGUUCUUUGACUGCGCUGCCAACGAUGCCAACUGCUACAGCAAGCCGGGUGCGAGCAAGGUCUAUGGAUGCCCACAGCCUGUUAACCUGGAACUGGACCUUUGUGUCUAG